CAGAGGAAGAGUGGCGUAUAGUAUGGAGCAGAGUUAAACAAUUCGACGUUUAUGCCACCUUUCGCCGACGUUCUUGCCAUUUUUUCGCGGACAAAGCGAUAUUAUCCGGAAAUCGUGUACAAAUGGCAUUAUCGUUCCCGAAAGUGGCGGUUCCUCCGUGCUUUACCGCCGCCUCCCCAGCUCGCAGGGAGCAGUGGGGAAAACAAACAGGUCGAACGGAGGAAGAUUGGUAGCCGGUUGGAUGUGGAGGUUGUUUAGCGGCGAAUGAAUCGCUCUUCGCGUCGUGAAUUUUGGCAGGUGUAAUUCCAGCUUCUUUUGCAUUAUUUUUGUGCUUUCGAGUACAGUGCAUUUAGGACGCUGUCGGGAGUUUUCGCCCUCCGAGUAUGUUGCCGCUUUCUAACAUUUUGUCAGGGCUGUUGGAGCGCGUAGUCUACCCGCUGCGGUUUUGUGUUUUCCUUGACGUUGUUUAUCGAUUAUAAUUCGACGUUUAUCGAUUUAAAUCAAGCGGUUUGCCGGCUCUGACUUCAGUGGGACAUUUUUAGCCAUGCACACGAGGCGUUUGGUGAAACGGUCGAUCCUCGGUAGUCGCGUUUAUGCGCCGAGUCCGACGGGGGACGGUGCCCCGGUGACAGGAGUGGUCCAGGCUGUCAAGCAGGAAAACAGAGACGUCUCGACCACGGGACCCCGGCGCAGCGUCUACACCGUGCUAAUGCAAGACGGAAGCCUCAAGGAGUUCUCUGAGGACGAGAUAGCUGCAGGGUUCAACCACUCGGCAGCCAAAGCUCCGCUCAAGUCCAGUUUGAAGCACAGCUCUAGUAAUGGAGCUGCGGAGGGCCAGAAGGGGGAAGGCGGCUCGCUCAGCCCAGAAGCAGCUGAUGAACAGCGGGUAGCGGAUGGCAAGCGCACCGGCCGGGCCCUGGAUCCCGACACCCGAUCAGUGUCCCUGCUGGAGCAGAAACGCAAGGUGGUCUCAUCCAGCAUCGAUGUCCCCCAUGCCAGACGGUCAGAGGAAGAAGUGGACAUGGACAAGGUGACGGCUGCCAUGGUGCUGACAAGUCUCUCCACCAGCCCACUGGUGAGGAGCCCACCCGUCAAAGUCAGUGAGGGUCUAAGCGGGUCAUGGAAGGACAACAAUUCAGCAGGCCCCUUCACCCCCUCUAGCUACAGCUCAUCGGGAGGCUACUGGAGCUGGUCUGCCCCCAGUGACCAGUCCAACCCUUCCACGCCAUCUCCACCGCUUCCCGCCGACAGCUUCAAGCCCUUCCGGGUGCCGAGCCUGGGUGGUGUGGGGCCCGGCCCUGCGGGGCCUGAAGACCCCAGCCUGGACGAGCAGGACGGCAGCAGCCUGCUCUUUGAUGAGCCCAUCCCUCGCAAGCGCAAGAACUCCAUGAAGGUGAUGUUCAAGUGCCUGUGGAAGAACUGUGGCAAGGUGCUGAGCACCGCCGCCGGCAUCCAGAGACACAUCCGCACCAACCACCUGGGGCGUAAUUGUGACUCGGAGUGCAGCGACGGUGAGGAGGACUUCUACUACACAGAGAUUAAGCUCAACACCGACUCGGUGGCUGAUGGGCUGAGCAGCCUGUCCCCGGUGUCACCCUCCGUCCUGUCCCCUCCACCUCCUCCUCCUCCUCCCUCGCUCAGCCAGCUGGCCGACUCCCACACCCCACCGCAGUCCAACGACACCAAGGAGCCCCAGGGCGGGGGCACCACUCCACUCAGCCGCUCGGCGCCCAGCGCACUCUACCUCAUCCACACGGACCAUGCCUACCAGGCCACGGCUCCAGUGUCCAUCCCGUCCAGCAGCAGUAACUCAGCUGGCUCUUCCUCCACCAGCUUCACCCCCACCAACAGCUCCAGCUUUAGCAUCUCCUGGCAGUCACCGCCCGUCACUUUCACCGGGAACACGCCUGUUCAGGUGUCUCCCAGUAAAAGCCAGGGCUUUGGUGAGCAGCGUUCCCAGACCAUCGCCGUCCUCUCCUCCCCACCCAGAGCCACCACCGCCCUCAGUCGGAAGGUACGCGGCGAGGGGAAGAAGUGUCGUAAGGUGUAUGGGAUGGAGAACCGCGAUAUGUGGUGCACAGCCUGCCGCUGGAAAAAGGCCUGCCAGAGAUUUACCGACUGACCGUGCCCUGCCAACGCAACGCCACGCCAUGCCAACAGGCACUGCCGCCUUUCACCAGGGAAAGGGGGAGGGGCAUCAUUUUGCAUGCAUUCAUUUUUCUUCAGCUCAGAAUUGCAACUGUCCGUCAAGCUCUGGCUCCGCCCCUACUCUACCCCCUCAGCUCCGCUGUACUAAUCCAGCCGUAGAAGGAACCAAAGGCUGGCGGAGUCACCUUUUGCAUUGCCGUCCAGCUUUCCCAGCGCUGCCUCGACAUUCCCUUCAUUCCCAGUUUCGGGAAACCCCAGUGCAGCUAAACAGUGCAAACAA